CCCAUCUUACUUUGGGAGGAUGUCAGUGCUUUUCAUUCUCGCAGAGAUAGUCGUCAAUGUGCUUAUCAUCAAUAAGAUUAAGUAUACUGAGAUUGACUGGGUGGCGUACAUGCAAGAGGUGGAGGGUGUGGCCAAUGGAACCUGGGACUACACCAAGCUGAAGGGAGACACUGGGCCUCUUGUUUAUCCUGCAGGCUUUGUCUACUUCUUCUUGGGCCUGUACUAUUUGACUGGCCGAGGCACAAAUAUCCGCCUGGCUCAGUACAUCUUUGCCGUCCUCUACAUCAUCCUCCUUGCCUUGGUGUGCAGGCUCUUCCACAAGAGCCAAAAGAUGCCACCAUAUGUGCUGCUUGUAAUGUGCUGCACCUCCUACCGUGUGCACUCGAUCCUGGUGCUGCGGCUCUUCAAUGACUCAAUAGCGAUGAUCUUCCUGUAUGGCGCCAUGAACCUCUUCAUUGAGAACCAGUGGGCCCUUGGCAGUCUGGUGUACAGCCUGGCUGUGUCUCUCAAAAUGAACAUCCUGCUCUUUGCCCCAGCACUAUUGCUAGCCUACCUGCUCUGCCUGGGACUCUGGGGCACUAUCAAGCAGCUUACCAUCUGUGCUUCCGUGCAGCUUGUUUUGGGGGCACCAUUCCUCUUAGCAAACCCUUUUGGUUACAUCAAGAUGGCCUUUGACUUGGGCCGAGUGUUCCUAUUCAAGUGGACAGUCAACUGGCGGUUCCUGCCAGAGGAAGUGUUUCUGAAUCCUUUCUUCCAUCUGUCAUUGCUGUGCUUGCACAUCGUUCUUCUUGGCCUGUUUGCCUAUACUCACGGAAACAAAUUCCUCUCAAGUUACUAUAACUUGAUCCAAGUGGACACUAGGAUGAACAUCAAGUCUCAGUUAUUCAUCCUGCCAAUGUUUCUGAGCAAUUUCAUUGGCAUGGCAGUGAGUCGCUCCCUCCACUACCAGUUCUACAUCUGGUACUACCACUCCCUGCCCUACCUCCUAUGGUCCACGCCAUACAGAAUUUCUACUAGAUUCCUGCUAAUGGGUAUCAUUGAACUGUGCUGGAACACUUAUCCUUCAACUUGGUGGAGCUCUGGUCUGCUGCACUGCUGCCACCUCGCCAUCCUGCUGGGGAUCUACAUGGAGCGACCAAAAGACAAGAGCUUGCAGAAAGUUAGAAAUAUACUCGAGAAAAACAAGUAGCUCUUAUUACUUCAUGGCUUUGGUUUUACAUUUGUGUGUGUGUGUGUGUGUGUGUUUUAUAAGUUGUAUAUUACAGGGUUUGAGCAGGGCUCUUAGUGACCUGUCUCCAUAUCUAAUUUUGUCCAACUUUUACUUAAAUUUAUUCACACUCGGCUGUUGUAAUCUCCUCACUCAAGCCAUUCUAGAUGUGCAUCAUCCUACGUGGAAAGCUAAACUCUUUAAUAUUCCUGAAACACUGACUUUUCAUGAUCUUAGAGUGUCCUCUUGUUUGCCUAUCUUUAUCUUCAGUUAGUGAUACCAGGUCUUGUCUCUUUAUCUUUUCCAUACAAUUUACUGUCUUAUACAUUGUGAUUACAUCUCCUCUUCCAUCUAUCCUUCAAAGUUGGUAAUUCCAUUUCCUUCAGUCUUUCUUCAUACAGAAGAUCCUUUAUUGCGUGUGUAUUGUGGGUUGUACCAUUUUUACCUACUGACUUCCUCACUGUCAAGUGUUGCUGUGCCUUACUUUAAUAAGUGGUCAGUGAUUGAGACCUCUAUAUUAUGUCUCUUGAUCAAGUAUGUGAGUUUAUUCCUUCAGACAAGUCACUGCCAACAUUGAUUUCUUGCUGCUCUGAGGUGAUCAGUGAGGACAGCAUGUGCCUUGUAGUGUUGACACAGUACUCAACACACCAACUGCACCAUGCUACUCAUAUUUAUGGGACAAGAAUCCAUUAUUUAUUGAUUGUUCAUGAUAUAUGAAUGAAUAUGAAUGUAUAUGAAUGAAGAUGCUACAAUUUAGAAUAUCUUUGAGAUUGUACAUAAGUGUGUGUGUGUGUGUGUGUGUGUGUGUGUGUGUGUGUGUGUGUGUGUGUGUGUGUGUGUGUGUGUGUGUGUUAUGAAUGGCAACUAAGAAACAAGUGGAGAACUAAAUGUACAAGAGGUGGAGUGAAUAAGAGUUUCAAUUGGUGGAUUAUUAACUAUUUGACUGUUAAGGUUUCAUGAUAACUUGGAUUGGUGCAAAUUUAGUAAUAAUGUAAAAAAAAUAUCAGACAACAUAAGAAGUUAUGAAGUAUUUCUUGCUUUGUGAAAUCAUGAGCUAUUAAAAUUGAAAAAAAAAAAAAAA